AUGAUCCAGAGAUUUACCUGCAUGCCCACAUCCGAAUAUGAUGUGCUUGUAUUGACCAAUGGCUCUGUCCUGCAAGUGGAAAAUAAGUUGCAGGACAUGAACGAGCAGUUGGAUAAUGCGUUGCCCAAACACUACCGGCUUCGAUACUUGAACUCAUUUGCAGACUUGGUGCAGUUUGUGGAUGACUUCAAAGCAGACACACACAAACAGGUUGAUUUUGCCGGCAAGAUCUUCCUUAUGUUUUUUGAUGGGUUGGAGUUCAUUCAGAAUGUGCUUUCGGAUGCAAUUGACUACUACCAGCGGUGCUUAAUGCGCAAGGCUAAUUUCGAUUUUGAUGCCAUCAACUGUUAUUUCUACUUUGACUCUUCAAUAUUUGACUUUGGAGACUUGGACUUUGAAAAUGGGUUCAACCACUUGAUCACCAUUGUGAGUGAUGUGUUGAAGAAAAUGAAUUUUAUGGUGGGAAACAUCAAGGGGAUUGUGUUGGAUGAUUUCGACUUGAAGGGAGAAAAGAUUUUUCCUAUACACUGUUUGUUGCGGAGCUAUCCAAGGAUUGAACGGAUUGAAUUGGCAUCGGAUGCAGCUGUAGUUAUGAGAGGAUUAUUGACAUGA